AAGAAGAAGAAGAAAUGGCAUAGUUUAGGUACCUAUUUGUCAGCAGUUGUUGCUUCCCCGGCUCGGUUCCGUUGGGCCUGGACCCGCGGUGGGAGGAGUCGCGUCUCCAAGUGGGGCCAGCAGGACCGGGGGUGUCCUCGGAGGACUUGCGGGGGCUCCUAUAAAGACUUGCUGCUUGCGCGCCGCACAUCAUGCUGAUGACCAGGAUGAUGACGAUGGACUUCAUGGAGGACAAGUUCGGGCUGAAGAACCAGGCCAUGAAGGCCGGGGACUACUUCACGGAGCCGGUCAUGGAGAGCCUGGACGGCGGGGGCUACUUCGCCAAGUCUCCCCCGAAAUGCGCGCAGGCCUUCGGGCUGACGGAGCACCGCGGCUCGCCUCGCGGAGACCCGCACGGAGUGAGUGCGGUUGUUUGCAGGCGGCUACGGCGCGGCCAAAGCCGGGGAGGAGGGCGUCGGCUGCGCGGCGGAGGAGGACCGGGGCGACAACAAGGUGACGAGCAGCAAGAAGCGGCGGCACAGGACCACCUUCUCCACGGUGCAGCUGGACGAGCUGGAGAAGGUCUUCCAGAAGACGCACUACCCGGACGUCUACGUGCGGGAGCAGCUGGCCACCAGGACGGAGCUGACCGAGGCCAGGGUGCAGGUGUGGUUCCAGAACCGAAGAGCCAAGUGGAGGAAGAGAGAACGUUACGGACAAAUCCAACAAGCCAAAAGUCACUUUGCAUCCAGCUACGAUCUCGCCGUGUUGCCUCGCAGCGACAGCUACACACAGAUCCCAAACAACUUGUGGUCCAGUCCGCCUGCCGCCGGCUCCGUGGUCUCGCCCUGCAUGCUCCCCCGAGGCUCGCCCCCCUGCGUGGCCUCCUACUCGCCCCGCUCGGCCUCGGGCGCCGCCGACCACGGCUACUUCCAGAACCAGCAGAGCCAGUUGGGCCACGUCUCCCUCAACAGCUUCUUCGGCGCCGACCCCCUUCUCACGCCGACCCCCAACGGCCACCACCACCACCACCACCACCACCACCCCGCCUUCGAGACCAAGCCCGAGUUGGAGAGGCGCUCGUCCAGCAUCGCCGUGCUGCGCAUGAAGGCCAAGGAGCACGCCGCCAACAUCUCCUGGGCCAUGUGAUCCCGGCUUCUAGAACUUUGGGGUGACUCCGCUUCAUAACGCUGCUGGUCUUUGGAGGCGGAACCCCUCACCCCCCUCACCCUCCUCACCCCCCCUCACUGCUCCUGCCAAUCAAAACCAAACUAAUCUGUGCCAUCAGGAGCAAAAUGUUGGAUGAUGUUGACUUUGAAGGCUCCAGUUAGCGAACAUUCUGCUGUCCUUCAUUUGGAUCCACCACUGCAGUGUUUUUUUAAUAAACACCGCCACUUAUCUUCCUCCUGGACCGGACUGACGUCUUCUUGUGCUUUGCAGCAAAAUUCUGGUCCUGGCAGGUCCACAUGAGGGUCCGUGUUAGCGCCGAGAAGGACGUUGAUGUUUCUGUAAAAAGCGAAUAAAAUCACUUCAUCCUUUCAUGUGUGCCAUUGUUACCUCCGCCAGGGGGCAGAAACAACUUCAUCAAGAACAUUUCACUGUAGAAGUUUGUACUGCAGCCUAUUUAGGCAGCAGGCUUCUUAGACCAAAUAAAUAAUCACAAUCAGACUUUA